AUGGCAUACAAUAAGCUGAUCACCUUGGUGAUGGUGAAUCUAACUAUCUGUUGUUUUUGCAGUUUGCUCUGUGCAGAAGAAGCGCACGGAGGCCCACAUUUGGAAAAGAAUUUUGCCAUUAUCAGGCUCAAAAGAAUGGAAGCCUCGAUUAAAGCUGUACAAUCAGGAAGGACCAAAACCCAAGUGAGUGGUGGUGUUGCUCCUUUGACCCGAUACAGAACAACAAUUGCAGUGACCAUUGGCAUUGGAACCCCACUUUCAAAGGACAAGUGGACACAGGGAAGCGAUCUAAUUUGGUUUCAAUGCGCUCCCUGCACGCAGUGCAGUAUUGGCUCUAAGUUCCUCCCGGAAUUUUCCUCAACUUAUAGACGUCUCCCGUGCUCUUCUUCUCUCUGCUCUACCCUUGGCAAUUCAACCUGUGCGCCGGACUGUCAAUAUUCUCAUAUAUACAGCCAAAACUGGAGCAUGCAGGGAGACUUGUCAUACGAGACGUUUACCAUGGCGGAUACAACCGAGGCUGCGCAUUCCUUUGGCGGAGUAGCAUUUGGGUGCAGCCAUGGCAUUCAGGGAGAUGGCGUGAAGUAUAAUGACGCUACUAUUAUCUCUGUGGAAGGAAUAAGCGUGGGGAACGUGUCUCUCAAUAUUCCACGAGCAACGUUCGACAUACAAGCUAAUGGAAGCGGGGGAUUCAUCAUCGACUCUGGAACACCCUACACUGUUUUGCCCCACGCCGCCUUCACUGCAGUCGCAUCUGUUUUUGAUUCUAUCCUGGCACUACCCAGAACUAACGAAUCUCAAGAUGGGUUAAGUUUAUGCUAUUCAUCAUAUUACGAUGGUUAUGUCCCUCAUCUGAAUAUGACUUUCCAUAUGCGUGGUGCAGAUUAUGUUAUCGAAGGUAAACGCAAUUUUAUUAAAUUUAGUGGAUAUCAACAUCCAUCAGUAGUGUGUCUGGCAAUGUUAGAGAUGGAUGAGGCUUCAGUUGCAGGUGUGCCGGCCGUCCUUGGAAGUUUCCAGCAACAAGAUUACCAUAUUCUGUAUGACAACGCUAACCAGAGGCUCUCCUUUACUCUCACCCGCUGCAGGUCUCUCUAUAUGUCCUCUUACCCCUCGUACCAACAGUCCAAAGCGCCCAUCUUGAGGAUACAUGCCGUGCUAUUGUUGUUGCUUAUUACUUUGUAA